UGAGCGUGAGCGGGUGUGUGUGAGCGUGAGCGGGUGUGAGCGUGAGCGGGUGUGAGCGUGAGCGGGUGUGAGUGUGAGCGGGUGUGAUGCGGGCUGGCCCAUGGCCUCGGCGGUGUUUGAAGGGCGCUCGCUGGUGAACAUGUACGUGCGGGGCGUGUGGGUGAACGGGCUGCGGCGGAUGUCGGUGUGCGGGGCCGAGCGCGACUUCGUGCAGAUCCGCAGCGAGUGGUCGAACCGCAACGUGCUCUACCUGCUCCGCACCGUCGCGCAACUCACCCACUUGGCCCGCCGCCUCUGUCAUGCCCUGCCCGGGGAGCGGGACCACGCCGACAAGCGCUCACUCCGGCAAGGUUUAGUCGCAGUGAAGGAGGCUCCAGACAUAGAGACAAGACUGAAUGAAAUUGAGAAGCUGCUGAAGAACAUCAUUAGCCUGCCCUGCAAAUACUCCAGGUCAGAGAUUGUCCUCACCUUCUUUGAGCGAUCGUCCAUAGACCAAGUCUUGAAGGAUGAUCAUGAUCACAGCGUUCCCAUGGCUUACCAAAGCCCCGUCAGGAUCUCAGAGAUCAUGCGAUCCAAUGGGUUCUGCCUGGCCAACACGGAAACGGUGGUGUUCGACCAGGAGAUCGCUGGCGACACGGACUCGCAGCCCGCUGCCGAUGCUGUCGACAGACUACUGCAGAACGGUGAGCAGCUUACGGAAGAUAUAGAUGAAGAUCCCAGUGCCUACGUUACGAACUUAUCCUAUUAUCAACUAGUGCCUUUUGAGACAGAUAUCUUGGAGUGAUAGCCUGCGAGGCUGGUUUGAAUGAGAGGCUGGCUUCUCCCCUUGUCUUGUUCCCUCUGUCAUUUUGUUCCCUCCCUCCCCCCUCCCCCACACCCUACUCCCCCAACCCCUCCAGCGGGUGGCCGAGAAGUGAUCAACAAAAGGACACAGAGUGCUGGAGUAACUCAGCGGGUCAGGCAGCAUCUGUGGAGAACGUGGAUAGGUGACGUUUCAGGUCGAGACCCUUCUUCAGACUGAGAGUUGGGGAAAGGGAAACAAGCGAUAUAGACGGUGAUAUAGAGAAAUGUAGAACUUUAAUGAAAGAUAUGCAAACACGUAACGAUGAUAAAGGAAACAGGCCAUUAUUUGCAGUGGGAUAGUUGAAAACGAGUCACACAAAAUGAGACUCAACAAGACAACUUCUCAUUGAAACAUAUAAGAUUGUUAAGGGUUUGGACACGCUAGAGGCAGGAAACACGUUCCCGAUGUUGGGGGAGUCCAGAACCAGGGGCCACAGUUUAAGAAUAAGGAGUAAGCCAUUUAGAACGGAGACGAGGAAACACUUUUUCUCACAGAGAGUGGUGAGUCUGUGGAAUUCUCUGCCUCAGAGGGCGGUGGAGGCGGGUUCUCUGGAUGCUUUCAAGAGAGCGCUAGAUAAGGCUCUUAAAAAUAGCGGAGUCGGGGGAUAUGGGGAGAAGGCAGGAACGGGGUACUGAUUGGGGAUGAUCAGCCAUGAUCACAUUGAAUGGCGGUGCUGGCUCGAAGGGCCAAAGGGCCUACUCCUGCACCUAUUGUCUAUUGUCUAUUGUCUCCGACUACAUUCUCUCUCUGUCCCAUCCCCUCCCCUGGCAUCAGUCUGAAGAAGGGUCUCGACCCAAAACGUCUCCCAUUCCCUCUCUACAGGGAUGCUGCCUCACCCGCCGAGUCACUCCAGCAUUUGAUGUCUACUUUCUUGGGUGGGGGGAGGGACGGAGAGAGAGGGGAUGCAAGGGGAUGUGCAUCUUCGGUUUAAACCAGCAUCUGCAGUUUGAUUCUUCGCAGACUGGUUUGCUUUUCAGCCAAUUUCCAAAAAGCACCAGAUGUUUCUGGGACGUGAGGGCCUAAGCUGUAGGGAGAGGUUGAGUAGGGUGGGAUGAGGUGUAUAAGAUCGUGAGGGGAAUAGGUUGGGUCGUUGCAUAGAGACUCUUGCCCAGAGCAGGGGAAUCGACAACCAGGAGAACAUAAGUUUAAGGUGAAGGGGAGAAGGGUUUAAGGAAUCCGAGGGGCAACGUUUCCACGCAGAGGGUGGUGGGUGUCGAACAAGUUGAGGUAGGGACUAUCACAACAUAUAGCAAGUAAUUAGAUAGGUACAAGGAUAGGACAUGUUUGGAGGGAUAUGGGCCAAACGCAGGCAGAUGGGACUAGUGUCGAUGGGAUAUGUUGGCCGGUGUGGGCAAGUUGGGCCUAAGGGCCUGUUUCCACGCUGUAUCACUCUAACUUAAUAAAAAUUAUCAACAGUGGCCAGGAGUAACAAAUAAAGACACAAACGGACGGAUGUUUUAUUAGUACGGGCGUCAAAGGUUAUGGGGAGAAGGCAGGAGAAUGGGGUUUGAGAGGGAAAGAUAGAUCAGCCAUGAUUGAAUGGCGGAGUAGACACGAUGGGCCGAAUGGCCUAAUUCUGCUCCUGGGAGGAGAAAACUGGAGUUACUUAGUGGAUCAAUGAAAAAUAAUUAAAUGACCACAGAUACUGGGUUUAAUAGUGUUGACAACACAGUCAGUUUCUUUAGUCAGUGGCUGGUGAAUCUGUGAAAUUCUUUGCCACAGAGGGCUGUGGAGGCCACAAGUCAGUGGAUAUUUUAAAAGCGGAGGGUUACAGGUGCGUGACUAGUGCGGGUGUCUGGGAGGAGGCAGGAGAAUGGUGUUGAGAGGGUGAGAGAUAGAUCAGCCAUGAAUGAAUGGCAUAGCAGGGCCCGAUGGGCCGAAUGGCCUAUUUCUGCUCCUGAGCCUUACGGUCAUUUCACCAAUGGGUCCAAGGAGAGGGACAGAAGUGUGAGGAGGUUGCACAUUCACCACAGCCAGACAAAAACCAGCAGUUGAAGUAUUGAUGCGGACAAAUGGACUUUGAGGGCCGGAGCUACUAAAUGCUUUUAUUGUCUAUUGUCUAUUAAAAAUAGCGGAGUCAGGGAAUAAGGGGAGAAGGCAGGAACGGGGUACUGAUUGGGGAUGAUCAGCCAUGAUCACAUUGAAUGGCGGUGCUGGCUCGAAGGGCCGAAUGGCCCACUCCUGCACCUAUUGUCUAUUGAUUAGCAGAUGGGUGGAGUAGGUGACAAAGUCUGGAGGUGGGAAGGAGACGGAAGGGAGUCGGUUAAGGUGAGGAACGGAAUGUGAAACCGGUGUAGGUGGGACGGGGUUGGGGGAGGGGAGGGGGUGAGAUG